AUGCUCGGCAUCGCCGCCGUACCUUCUCUACUCCUCGGAAUCGGAAUUCUAAAAAUGCCCGAAUCUCCGCGCUGGCUAAUCGCGCGAGGCCGCGUACGUGAAGCGAAAGAGAUUCUCUACAAGGUCUGCGACGAGGCAGGCGAGGCCGAGCGGCGAUUGCGAGAUAUUAAAAAGGCGGCGGGGAUUGAUGAAAAUUCCACGGACGAUUUCGUGAGAAUGGAUAAUAAGAAAAGGGCCGGCGGCGAGGGCGAAUCCGGAAUUUGGCGUGAUUUGUUGAUAAAACCGACGCCGACGGUGAGGCGGAUGCUCGUCGCCGGUGUGGGUGUUCAUUUUUUCGAGCACGCGACGGGGACCGAAGCGGUUAUACUCUACGGGCCGAAGAUCUUCCGGAAGGCGGGCGUGACGGCGCGGAGGAAGCUACUUUUGGCGACGGUGGGGGUCGGGUUGACGAAGUUGUGCUUUAUCACGAUCUCGACUUUUAUUAUCGAUAAAGUUGGGCGGAGGAAGUUGUUGUUGGUGAGCAUAGCGGGGAUGGCGGUGGCGCUGACGGGGCUGGGGACGUGCUUGACGGUGGUGGAGAGGGCGGCGGAGGCGAGGCUGGUGUGGGCGCUUGUAAUGAGCUUGAUAUUCGUGUACGUGUUUCUGGCUUUUUUUAAUAUAGGGCUGUGCCCGGUGUGCUGGGUGUACAGCUCGGAGAUAUUCCCGACCAGGCUGAGGGCGGCGGGGGCAAGCGUGAGCGUCGGGGUGAACAGGGUGAUGAACGCGACCGUGUCGAUGACGUUUUUGUCGCUGUCGUCGGCGAUUACGAUUGGUGGGGCGUUCUACCUGUUUGCCAGCGUGGCGGUGGUGGCGUGGGUGUUCGUGUACUUUUGCCUGCCGGAGACAAAGGGCAGGAGCCUGGAGGAGAUGGAGGAGGUUUUCAGCAAGGGAACGUGUAGGAAUAAGGCUAAUAAGCAAGUGGAGCUCGUCAAUAGUUAG